AUAUAAUAAAAUCUGAAGAAAACAAAAAAAAAAAAACUCUCAGCUUCGUCGUCCCCUCCUUUCACGGUGACGGUGAAGACAAACCAGAACAUGGUCAACUAGUCCCCUCCCUCCAAAAAUCUCAACCUCCCUCUCUCUCUCUCUCUCUCUCUCUCUCUCUCUUCUUUCUAUCUCUUCUCUUUUUCUGAUCUUGAAAUUUCCUUUUUUUUUACCGGCGACGAUAUGUCAGUCGCCGGAGCGAUUAACCCCGUACCUGUUGCACCCACGACUCGCCGUCGUGUCCCCGAUUCUCUAGACGUAAUCUCCGAACGACCCACGAAUCCAUCCGAUUUCUGCAAUACAGUUAACUUACCCGUCGUCGGAUCAACGGAUUUGGACGGAGGAGGAGACGCGAGUGGCCAAGACUCGUCUCCAUCUUCCGAAAACUCUUCUUCAUCUACUGGAUCUCAUUACCAUCACGAUCACCAUCACCGAUUCUACAAUCACCCGGCGAUUCGUUACCUGAGAAGAUUCUGGAUUCCGUUUGUUGGUGGAUCGACGGUUGUGACUGGGCAAGGGUUUAGAUCGGGGAGAAACGUGGGUCGUCGGAUCUUGGGUUUACUCAUGGUGCUCGUUGUUGCGUCUGUGUUCCUUAGGGUCUACCUUAUGGUUGGUGUACGCGUGGUUGAUCACGCUCGUUUGAAUGAGUUUGUUGUCGUUAGAACGCUUCGUGAUGAUUUGUCUAUGGCUCAACGUGAAGUUGCCGAGAACCAUGCUUCUUCUCAGCCAAUGCGCCUUCUCGAAAAGCUUCCCUGUAAUCGGAGGUCUUUUACAGGUUUUGAUGAUUCACUAAUUCGUUAUCAUUUCCUCUGUUUUUGCAAUAUUCCGGAAAUUUGGCAGAAACCUGAAAGCGGGAAUUAUCGCCAAUGUGUGGCACGUCCUAAGAACUAUACAAGACUGCACCGCCAAACCAAUGGGUAUCUUUUAGUACACGCAAAUGGAGGAUUGAAUCAGAUGAGAACUGGGAUAUGUGACAUGGUUGCUGUUGCCAAGAUUAUGAAUGCAACUCUUGUUCUUCCUCUUCUUGACCAUGAAUCUUUCUGGACUGACCCGAGCACGUUCAAAGAUAUUUUUGACUGGAGAAACUUCAUGAACGUACUUAAACACGAUGUUGACGUUGUUGAGUACUUGCCUCCUCAGUAUGCCGCCAUGAAGCCUCUUCUCAAGGCCCCUGUUUCUUGGUCGAAGGCUAGUUACUACAGAAGCGAAAUGCUGCCACUGUUGAAACGUCACAAGGUGUUAAAGUUCACGCUUACUGACUCACGGCUUGCUAACAAUGGCUUGCCACCAUCCAUCCAACGACUGAGAUGUCGUGCUAAUUACCAGGCACUGCUGUACACCAAGGAGAUCGAGGACCUAGGAAAGAUUUUGGUUAACCGGUUAAGAAACAACAGUGAGCCGUAUAUAGCUCUGCAUUUGAGAUAUGAGAAGGACAUGCUUGCCUUUACAGGAUGCAACCACAAUCUUACCACUGAGGAAGCUGAAGAGCUGAGAAUCAUGAGGUACAGUGUCAAACAUUGGAAGGAGAAAGAGAUUGAUAGCGAAGAGAGACGUAUUCAAGGGGGAUGUCCAAUGUCUCCGCGGGAAGCAGCUAUAUUUCUAAAGGCAAUGGGUUAUCCGUCCUCCACAACUGUAUAUAUAGUUGCUGGUGAAAUCUAUGGAAGCAGGAGUAUGGAUGCUUUCCGUGCAGAGUACCCAAAUGUAUUCUCUCAUUCAACUCUUGCGACUGAAGAAGAGUUAGAGCCUUUCAGUCAAUACCAGAACCGCCUUGCUGCAUUGGACUACAUUGUGGCCCUUGAAAGUGAUGUUUUUGUGUACACAUACGAUGGGAAUAUGGCUAAGGCGGUACAAGGGCACAGAAGGUUUGAAGGUUUUAGGAAGUCCAUAAAUCCAGACAGGCUGAAUUUUGUUAGAUCGAUAGAUCAUUUUGACGAGGGUGUCAUAUCUUGGGAAGAGUUUUCUUCAGAGGUUAAGAGAUUAAACAAAGACAGAAUUGGAGCGGCAUAUGCGAGACUGUCUGCUGCUCUUCCCAGGCUUGAGGAGAACUUCUAUGCGAAUCCACAACCCGAUUGCAUCUGUAACAAGUCUCAUCCGGAGAAGCUCUGGAAAAAAUCAGGUCUAAGAACAGAUUCAAAGAGUUGGAAGAAGAGUGCCUUACGAUAGCAGCGAUACAGUAAUCAAAUACAGUGGAGAUUCCGAUGCCAAAGAAUACUGCAGUGGAUACAUAGAACAAUUUGCUUUGAGUUUAUAGCCUUCUUGUACAAUAUAGGAAACAGAAGUAACCCGAGUUUUUGGAAGAUUCAGACAGCUUGUAGAAUCCAUUCACACCGUACAGGAUGAGCGUCAAGACUUGCGUCAGCUAGAGGAAUUUUGUGACCCCGCACCUGAGUUAGAACAAAAGACAGAUCAUGGGGAAACAAUUGUUCUUCCUCAUUAGUUUACAUGGUUGUUAUCAGUGACCUCAAAAUUUGAUUGUACAUUGGAUUACAAUUUGCAUCAGUAUACAUCUCACACACGGCUUACAACGUUUUGUAUAAAAGCUGAGUUCGUGAUAUUAUAUUAUAUCACAUA